AUGCCGGCACCGCCCCACCCCUCCCCGCUGUGUGUGCCGCCCCCCCGGGGCCGCGCCGUGCAGCCUCGCCCCGCCCCGCCGCUAUACCCGCACCGCAGCGCUCCCUCCUCCCGUCCCCUCCCCAUGGCGACGGCGGACGCGGCAGCCCCGACCCCGGCAGGCGAGCAGCGCCCGGAGCGCUCCGACAGCAGCAGCGGCACGGCGGCGGGCGGAGGAGCGGCGGCAGCAUCGGCGGCAGGACGAGCAGCAGCGUCAGGAGGAGGAGGAGGAGGCGGCGGCAGCUCGCUGGAGCUGGCGGCGGCGCGGCGGCGCCUGGUGGCUGCGGAGUGCCGGCGGAGGGCUGCGGCGGAGCUGGAGGGCCGCGUGGUGCAGGUGCACUGCGCGCUGCGGCACGCCGAGCUGCGCCUGGCCGCCCGCGCAGAGGCGCUGAGCCGGCUGGGGAGCGGCGUGGCUCAGGCUCAGCUGGCGCUGGCGGCGCAGGGGCAGCGUCUGCAGAAGGGGCUCCGCCGCCGCCCCCGCCCCCGGCCCGGUGCUCUGCUGGCCGCGGCCCGAGCGCUCCGAAGCUGCGUGCCCUGGGCGGCGGGGAGAGCGCGGCGUUCCUCCGUGCACACCCCCAGCAGGAGGCUGCCCGCUGCCCCGCGCAGCCCCGCUUAGGAAGAGGGGCGGCGGGGGGAGUUCUGCGCUGCUCCGGGCUUCGCGGGAACGCUGUGGGUUGGGGGACCCAGCGGGGGCUGA